AUGACAACUGCUGUCAGGAUUUCCCCAUUUGGAAUAUUCUGUUUUGUUUGUGGUAGUUUCAUAGUACUGUAUGCUCUGAAGGAUUUUAUGUCCAGCCGAUUAUCACUAUCAGAGCGGUAUACGAGUAAGGAGAUCCCGUUUAAAACACUGUUAGAGACGUCAAUAUAUUUGGCAGAAAAAGGAGGCAACGUUCUCAAAGAAAUUCGGGAAAAAAGUGAUUUACAGGUUUGUAGUUGGACAUAAUAUUAACAAAUAUAAAGUACAUCUGUCCACGUUUAUACACGUUAACACGUAUUAAAUAUUGAUUUGCCAGCCCGAGGUCAAUGGUCAGGCUUAAUUUAUUUCAGUCUUCAGAUGUUGAUUUUGCACCUGCAUGUGAAACGGGUCAAUAAAUCAUAAAUUGAUACUAAAAAAAGUAUCAAUACUUGUUAAACGUAUUGGUAAUUUUGAUCUUUUUGUAUGUAAGGCUUUGUUUACAUUCCGGUAUCCAAAAUAUAGAAUUUUAUUCAAAAACUAUUUAUAUUUUCAUGAUUCUAUUUCUAGAGUAUAUUAAAUGAUCAAAACACAGUUAACAAUACCUUAACAAACAUACCUGAAAAUGUUAUUCCAGGACUGCAAAUGUGCUUCCUGCUUGGAAGACCUAAAAUAGGGGCAUGUCGUUUGUCGUUAUCACUGCCCCCAUUAAGUUUGCCUCUAAAUCUCUGUCCGUGAAAAUCUUUAUUGUUCACUUUGAAAGGAGAUGCCCCCAAAAUUAAAAAGAAUUCACCCUUGUCAUUUUAGGCUAGGAGUAAAGGUCAAACUUUAGAAGGUGCAAAUGAUCCACUCACAGCAGGUGACAUGGAAUCCCAUAAGGCCAUAGUACAUGGAUUUCACCAUCUAUUUCCAUCAGUAACUGUGGUAUCUGAAGAACAUGACCACAGUGAUACACAAAACCAACCUGUUGAUAUUGACAUGUUGGACAUUACGAAAAUUGGUGAUGAUCUGCAUAACAAGGAGGAUGAACAGGUCUCAGCAGAUGAUAUUUUAGUCUGGGUUGAUCCACUGGAUGCAACACAAGAAUACACUGAAAAUUUAAUAAAAUAUGUUACAACAAUG